ACGGGGAACAGGUUAAUUUGACGGGCAUUAUCCAUCAUCAUCCCUUAGCUUCUACUGAGUGGAUAAAGCAAAUAUACCCUUCGAACCAAAGAAAGAGCUCUGCGCUGAGAGUUGAGAGAGAAAUGGCAGCAUUCUCAUGCUCCUGGCUGACCCUUCCCUCCAAAAUGAGGAGCCUUUCCCUCACUCCCUCUUCCUUUCCCGUCUCCAAUUCCACCUCUCUCGCCUUCUCCAAAAACCUCUCUGACUCUGCUUUCUCACAUGGCAGCUUGUCGGUGAGCAUAAUGCAAAACCAAACUCGGCGUUCAGCGAUUGUUUGCGAGGCGGCGCCACAACGAAAGACCGAUUCGGCAGUAAAGAGAGCACGCUUGGCUGAGAAACGCCGCAUUUACAACAAAGCCCGCAAAUCAGAGAUAAGAACCCGAAUGAGGAAGGUAUUAGAAGCUCUGGAAGUGCUUAGGAAGAAAUCCGAUGCGCAAGCUGAAGAAAUAGUUCCUAUUGAGAAACUGAUUGGAGAGGCAUACUCAGUAAUUGACAAAGCAGUGAGAGCAGGCACACUACAUAGGAACACCGGAGCAAAUCGCAAAUCUCGACUUGCCAGAAGAAAGAAAUUGGUUGAGAUCCACCAUGGGUGGUAUACUCCAGCAGCUUCUGAAGUGGUUGUAUGAAUUCAAUUCUAUGAUUAAUUCACAUGGGAUUUAAAAGAGGUGCCAGUGACAAUUUCUGCAGAUUAUUUUUCUGCUCUGGUCAAAUAUUGCUUUUAGAUUUGCUUGGUAUUGGUUUUGAUGUUCCAUGUUUAAAUGUACUAUCAUCAUCAUGUAGAAUAUUGAACAGCUUCUUCAUAAUGAGCCUUUAUUGUAACAUUUUA